CUUUUAUAGCAGCCUUCUGUCAUAAUCAAAUUAAUCAAACUUUUCGUCCAAAGUCACAAAUUCAUUCAUCAAAAUUUCUGUAAAACCUCCAUCCCAGUGAAACCUACUCGCAUUUCUAUAACCUGUGGUUGCUGAUUUGAGUUAAAAUGUGGGCCCAACGCACAGGUCCCACCAUUUACGUGGGUGAAUCCCCCCCCUUAAACCAACUCGGCUUGGCUAUUCUAAGUCCAGAGGACAGCUCCGGCAGCAGCCGCGCCUCGUCUAAAGACAGUGCCUGGUCCGAACCUACAUGGGGCCACUCCAAAUGCAUAGAACAUGGGCAUCACCACGUCACAUGGCCCCUCAAUAAAGACGAGCAAAAACAUCACGACUUGUUCGGGUGCUCGUUCGAUCCGAAAAAAUGCUCAGAGUUUGACUGUGACGAUCCAGCUAGGUCACCACUGAACCAAGGCAUGGUGCAUCCAGAAUGCGCAUCACACGGCCACCACCACGCAACGUUCACUCUAUCGCCAGAAGAACAAGCGAAACACGAGGCAAUGCCGUGUGGCUUCGACCCGAAGGACUGUCCAGACUUUGAGUGCUCCCCAAUGCCGGAGAUACCAACAUCCAUAAUCAUGCGACCUGGGUAUCACCACAGGACCUACCCCUACACUGAAGAUGACCUACAAAGAUACGAGGAUGCUAAAUAUAAAUCAAUUCCGGAUUAUUGGGAAGAAUCAAGGUUUUUCUGGCCUUCGGUUACCGAUCCGUCAGGGGGUGGACGCGCUCUAGGUGUCACCUUCAACAUUGGCCCAGAGGUGGCAACGAACAUCAAUGUGGGAACACCCGAAAAACCUAGUUUCAAUUUACCACGAAGCAAAAUAUCAACUCCUGUCAAGGGAAUUGCCGGGACUUCACCGCCAAGUAGCUUGGCUUCGGGGCAAUCAGGUUCCCGCGUUUCCCAAGGUUCUCCUCCAAGCAGUUUCGCGUCGGGUCCGUGUGGCCCCCACCUUUCGCGUGCCUCAACACCGUCUAGUUUCGCAUCGGGAGCUUCAUCUCACCUUUCUCGAGGUUCUCCUCCAAGUAGUAUGGCUUCGGGCUAUUCUGGUUCUCGGAUUUCUGGCACUUCUCCUCCCAGCAGUAUGGCUUCGGGCUAUUCUGGUUCUCGGAUUUCUGGCACUUCUCCUCCCAGCAGUAUGGCUUCGGGGGCAUCCGGUGGAAGUUCCUCUAGUUAUUACACGGGACGUUCCGAUUCUGACAUGAGUUCGCCGUACGCUACAGCGGGCUCAUCCUUAUCAAGUUCCUCGGAACUGUCUACUUCAAGCUCUCUUGAAGGACGUCCUGCACCCUGCGGAUCACUAUACCAAGCCGAUGCGGUCUUUGAAGUAACGCCUUCAGAGUCCGUCGGAGAAAUUCUCAAAGCCAUAGAUAGUCAACAUGCGAUGGAAAGUGAGCAAAUUUUAGGAAACUUGAAACGGUAUCAGGAUGCCAGAAGGAAGUUUAUGGGGAGCUAAAUCACACCCUCGGCGGAGAAUUAUUUCGUACCGGCAUUAAAACACGCGACCUAUACUAUUAAUAAUUGAAACGUAAAAGAUAGCAUCUCACAAAUAAAACUUUAGUACUACCUUAAUUUUCAUAAAGACGUUUUUUUAGAAAUUUAGAACUAUUUCUUUAUAGUACCCUGCUGUCAGUGUCAAUUUUUCGUCAGAGCUCAUCAAUCCAUUCAUCAAAAUUUCAGUAAAAAUUCCAUUCAAGGGAAAGUACUUUACAUUUUUGGCAAUAGGCUGCUAAUUUGAACAAAUUCCCUGUCUUGCGCAAUAUGUUCGGCGGCGGUGGCGUGGGUGGAGCUCCGGUGAACCAACUCGGCUUGGCUAUCCUCGAGGCAUUGGAGGGUUCCGACCCAUUUGGUGGCGGUUUCGACAGCUAUGAAUCGUCUGGCUCAUUCCCCCGUGCCUUCAGCCUUCCUGAAAAGGGUCCCUUAGAUAACGUAAUACCUGGGCGCCGGAACAUCACGCUCCCCCUGAAUGCAGCACAGCAAAAGCAGCAAGAUCUGUUCGGGUGCACGUUCGAUCCAAGGGCAUGUCCAGAAUACGAUUUUAAAACUCCACCAAACAUAAAUAAAACCGCGAGUCAAGUCACUAUCAACAUUAGCCCAGACGUGGUAACAAAUGUCAAUGUGGGAACUCCCAGUAUGGACCUCUCUUCUGAAGUACCCAGUUUUGACUUAUCACGAAACAAAAUGUCAACUCCGGUCAAAAGACCCUCAUCCAGAGUUUCCGGUACUUCGCCUCCAAGUAGUAUGGUCUCAGGACCUUGUGGCCCUCAUCUUUCCCGAGCUUCGACUCCAAGUGGUAUGGCUUCAGGGCCGUCUGGUUCCCGGCUUUCCGGCGCUUCCCCGCCUAGUAGUAUGGCCUCAGGCCCUCCUGGCUCCCAUCUCUCCCGAGCUUCAACUCCAAGUGGUAUGGCUUCGGGGCCUUCUGGUUCCCGGCUAUCCGGCGCUUCUCCUCCAAGUAGUAUGGCCUCAGGCCCUCGUGGCUCCCAUCUUUCCCGAGCUUCGACUCCAAGUGGUAUGGCUUCGGGGCCUUCUGGUUCCCGGCUCUCCGGCGCUUCUCCUCCUAGUAGUAUGGCCUCAGGGCCUUGCGGCCCCCAUCUCUCCCGAGCUUCGACUCCAAGUGGUAUGGCUUCGGGGCCUUCUGGUUCCCGGCUUUCUGGCGCUUCGCCUCCAAGUAAUCUGGUUUCAAGUCCGUGCACCCCCCAUCUCUCUCAGUUUACGCCACCGAAUAAUAUGGCUUCGGGGGUUUCUACAAGUGGGGGAUCUUCGAGAUAUUACACGGCGAGAUCCUCUGUGGAUGAUUCUUUGUAUGUUUCGGCGAGUUCUUCUUUGACUAACGCUUCUAUGGAAUGUUUUGCUCCUUGUGCAACGUCGACGCCGUUUGGGUCCAUUGAACAAAUCCUCCAAGAGAUAGACAAACAGAAUGCGGAAGAAAAGCAACUAAUAAUGACUAACUUAAAACGGUAUCAGAGUGCCAGAAGGAAGUUCCUGGGGCAAUAAAUCAAGUCUACCACUUGUCAAAAAUGUCAUCGGAUGAAAAAUUCAAGUGAUGCACAGACGAAAAAGAGAUGGCACCCAACAGCUUGUUAUACCCAAAGGGAUGAUCCUUCCUGGCGAAGCGGCGGUUAUAGAAAUUCCGAGGAGGUACCAAAGAGCACCCAUUAUUAUAAUGAAGAGGAAAGGAGGAGUAGUUGCGCACAUGCGAGCAGAGGAUCAUUUUAUCCCAUCAGGGAAAGACGCACCACAGGACGUCAAACCACCAGACCAACAACCACCACAACCAGCGCCAGUACUACCACUACCAGCACCAAUUAUUAAACCAGAAAUUAACUUUUCACAGUUCGAACAUAACUGUAGUAUUCGAGGAGAAACGGCAAUGAGACCCUUAAGACCGCCACCACAACAAUCAUCCGUAUCCCAAGAUGUUUGUGCAUCUACGCAACAAAGUGUAAUGUCACCUGUAACUCUAAUAAAUCAGUGUGGUAUACAGGCCAGUACAUGUCCUCCACAACCGUCAUGUUCAACACCAAGACCCAGUGGUUGUACACACGUUCCUACAUGUCCUCCCUCCCAACUACCAUGUUCGGUACCAAGACCUAGUGGUUGUACGCACGUUCCCACUUGUCCUCCCUCCCAACCAUCAUGCUCAGUACCAAGACCGAGCGGUUGUACGCAUGUUCCCACAUGUCCUCCCCCUGUACCAUUAUGUUCAGCACCAAGACCUAGAGGUUGUACACAUGUUCCUACAUGUCCUCCACAACCACCAUGCUCGCCAAGACCUAGAGGUUGUACACACGUUGGCACAUGUCCUCCACAACCAUCAUGUUCGCCAAGGCCUAGUUGUACACAAAUUGAAACAUGUCCUCCAAGUCGGCCAUCAUGUGCAGUACCAAGGCCUAGUUGUACACAAAUUGAAACGUGUCCCCCAAGUCGGCCACUGUGUUCAGUACCAAGACCUAGUUGUACACAAGUUAGUACAUGUCCUCCAGUUCGCCCAAAACCUAGUUGUGGUUCCUAUACUCCGCCUUGCAAUCCCAGGCCACAAUGCCAACCAACUCCUUGCUUUCCACCCACAUCAUCCGGGUGUUCCAGAAAUAUCAACAUGUGCCAGAAAGAGCAAUGCGAGCUGGAAAUGGUUCGCAGAAGUUUAGAUGAGUUCCAGAAAGCCCGUCGGAGGCUCCUUUACAGUUCCAGAGCUUUGAAAGAGGAAAUGUCACAAUACGCGAACUCAAAUAGGGAAUAUUAAGCCAGACAUAAUUAGAAAUGAAUAAAAAGUUUAAAAUUGCA